CUUUUCAACAGGUUUAUGAAGAGCUGGAAAAUUAUGUUACCGCUGCUAAACGAGAGGUUUCCCAAACAGCCAAACAAAUGAUCGCGAAGAUUCGAGAACACGAGCGGGAAGCUACAAAAGUCCUCGAGAAUACACGCGUGUCUAGAAUAGAGAAAAUAAACUCUCUUAACGAACAAGUUAAGUCACUGAUGAAACAACUUGACCAAGCUGUUCAGUUUGCAAAAGACCUGGUUGAGAGAAGCUCCAGUUCAGAUGUUAUGAAAAGUAAGAAGAGUUUGGAGCAGCGAUUUGGAGAUCUCGACAAGGCCACAGUCCCUUCGCUUCCGGUUUGCUCAUUCGUAAAGUUUUUCUCGACUAAUGCACUCGACAACCUAAACCUGGGGUCAGUGAUAACCAAUGAAACAGAUGUACGGUUGUCAUCGUUGGAAGUUCUUACUGAAAACCUCCAAGCUGGUGUGGAAGCAGAGCUUCUGAUUUGUCCAAAGCGAAAGAGUGAAGAAGAGCUUACAAGUAAAUGCCAGCGUGAAUUUGAUGUUAGAGUGCUCAUAGAACCCGCUGAAGAUGUAACAAGUUUAAGAACUUUUAAAAACGAAAAUGAUGAUAUCCACGUGAAGUUUGUUCCUAAAGUACCUGGCACCUUCAACAUUACAGUUAUGAUAAAUGGCGACAAACUUGUUACCAGUCCUCUUAGGGUUCAAGUGAAGGAACGAAGGAUUGAUGUUAUGGGGGAGUUAGUUCUCAAAGGAGAAAUUCCCGAGAGGCCCCAUUGGAUUGCUGUCAACAGCAAAGGAACGAUCGCUGUGAGUGACAAUGAAGAACACUGCAUCCUAAUAUUUGAUAAAAAUGGAAAUUUUGUGCGAGAAUUUGGCUGCUAUGGAGAAGGGCCUGGGCAGCUGGCUAAUCCAGCUGGAAUUACAUUCCUGAAUGAUAACGAGGUUCUGGUGGGGGAUGACGAUAAUGGCCAAAUUCAACAAUUCAAUGUACAGACAGGGAACUUUGUGAAGAGCUUUGGGAAGAGAGGGACUGGCGAUGGCGAAUUUACAGCAACUCAAGGAAUUUUCAUUAGUGAUGAAGGACAUGUUAUUGUGGCGGAUUGCUUGAACAACAGAAUCCAGGUCUUUGACGUAGAUGGUAAAUUCAUGUCCAAAUUUGGAGACAAUGGUCCUGGUGAGCUAUGCGAACCUAGUGGAUGCAUUUAUCAUAAAAACAAGUUCAUUGUAUCUGACAGUGGAAACCAUUGUUUGAAAGUGUUCGGAAAAGCAGGGGAGUUCUUAUACAAGAUUGGAGAAGAAGGCGAAGCUGAUGGACAAUUUUCAUAUCCAUGGGGUUUGUGUGUUGAGAAAUAUGGCGAUCAUCAGAGUCUCUUGGUGUGUGACAGUGAUAAUGGACGCAUCCAACAGUUUACAAUGGAAGGUCGUUUUAUUGGCAAAACUGUUCUUAGGCUAGGAGAUCCGAACGCAAUAGCGACAACACCAGAUGGUCGUAUUUUGGUUUGUGACUGUAAAGACAAAAGCAUUUAUGUCUUGAAAUAGACGCUCAAACGUGUUUUGCAAAAAGGAAUAACGAUGUGGGAUUGGUAACAAAGCUAGCACUUUAAUCACUAACCCGGCAAUCAAAUAAUUUAUAUAUAUUUUUUCCCUUGACUUGUUUAGAGAUCUUUCAGGUGCUUGGGAUGUAUGUAUUAAAAAGCGGACUAACGCGAACUUCCAUCUCCUCCCAUAGCUCAAUUUCCAGGAGUGCAUGUAUCAGUUGAGACCGCGAUCCUCUCCGCCGUGUGUAUUGAAACUUUCAUUGGUGGAUAUCGAGCUCUCUCGGUCCCAGGUUACUUUGUCAAUAUUUUACUUUGGAAAGAAUAUUGUAGUUUUAGCAUGUCAUGUAUCUUUAGGUGACAGUUUUCAAUUUUGCUGGCUAGGACUAAAAAACAACUGUUACUUUGGAAAUAAUAUUCUAGUUUUAGUUUGUCUGGUAUCUUUUUCAGUGGAUUUUUUCAAUCUGCCGAACUGGACUACAAACUGCAAAUUAGUUCCUUUAAGGUGUUCAUGCAACUUAUUUAUCGUCGUUGAAUGAUAAUUUUUCCAGAAGAAACUAGAACAUUAGAAAAGUAGACUCAUUGCAAGUCUUGACAACCGCUUUUUUGAUUGUAAAUUUGCUUCAUAUUUCUUACGAUAAAUGUAGAU